AUGCUUGUUACAGUCACUCUUCUCUUCUUCGCUUGCGAGAGUGUAAUUUUGAGUUCAUGUUAUCCAUUAGAUACUGAAGAUAUACAGAAUGUGCAGCAGGCUGUAGCUGUACCAUUACAUCUUGUCCUAGAAGAUGUGCCAAAUGAGCCAGAAAACUUGGCUGGUCGUUUGGGACACGCCUACGUCACAACAUAUGACCAGAAGAAGGCGUCCAUUGGCAAUACGCUCAACAGCUUUCAAGAUUUAGGUAAAAAAACCGUGGAAUCUGGAGUUAAUCUUAUGAAGAAUGGCCUAGAAUUUAUCUUUCUCGUGCCGACAUUCGGUAGAAAUGCACUAGGGCGACAACAGAAGACAUAUAGUCUGAGUGUUUAAAUUGUUACCUAAAAGUUAUCAUCUUAGCCCAUAUAAAAGAUCUCCAAGAUAAUUGAACAUUUGCAUUUGCGCCGUUGGCAAU